AGUGCGGCACGGCAAGAUGGCGGACAAAGAGAAGAAGAAGGAGAGCAUCUUGGACCUGUCCAAGUACAUCGACAAGACGAUUUGGGUGAAGUUUCAGGGAGGCCGCAAAGCCAGUGGAAUCCUGAAAGGGUUUGACCCACUCCUCAACCUUGUGCUUGAUGGCACCAUCGAAUACAUGAGAGAUCCUGAAGACCAAUACAAGCUUACAGAGGACACCCGCCAGCUGGGCCUGGUGGUGUGCAGGGGCACCUCAGUGGUGCUCAUCUGCCCGCAGGAUGGCAUGGAGGCCAUUCCCAACCCCUUCAUCCAGCAGCAGGAGUCCUAGCAGGCAGGGAGGGCAC